AUGAGUGAGCCAAAUAGAGAUAUGCCACAAACGGAACCCGAUCCGAAACCCGAUAUACUCCAACAAUUGACCAAUAUGUUAUUCGGUGACGAUGACGACAAUGACGACGAUGCGGACAAUAUAGGUGGCACUUUGGAAUUUUCUCAUGGGGUAGAUGUAUAUAAUGUUCCACAACCCGAGCUGGCCAACGUGGAAGGCGAGCUUGUCGAAGUCCAGUGGAGCGAUCUGCAGAACACUGAAGGGGUAUUGCUGGAGGCGACUAUACCGCCCAUGGAAACGGAAUCGAUAUUUAGUAUUGAUGCAUUAUCUGUCGACGAUUUAUUGACCCAGCGGUUUGACAGCUCGGCUAGUAAUGUGCAAACGACUAAGUUGUGUGAAAAUAGACAAAUGAGUGAAAAUUCCGCGGAAAACCACACUGCCAACGCUGGCGAUCCGGAUGUUUCAGAUGACAGACCCGACGCGUCUGGCCCUAAGAACUCCGCGGUUGAUGCGGUUAUUAUGGAAUUCAUCACCGAUAUUAACGGCUGCAUUGUGGCCCCUUGUGAAAUUUCUACUGCUACUGAAAAUCUUUCUCAUAUGGCAGGGGAGGAUCUUAACAACAACAAUGAUAUGAAUCAAUUACUCCAACAAUCCAUUGAAACAAUGGAUUUGAGCAACAAUGAUAUGUGUCAGCCUUUGAUUGAGUGGAUUGCAGAUGCUCCACAGGAGGAGCAAAAAAGUGCAGAAGGGCCUGAUAUUCUUAUUCCCCAAUCGGUGGGCAAGCAAAUUUCUAUCCAAGACUGCAUCGGGUUUGACGAGACUCUGAGUGACGCUAGCAAUGAUUGUGCAACCUCUGAAGAUUUUGAGCAGUCGGACCAUACCAAUGAGGACGAUGACGAGGCGGUUAUAGAAGCUAGUGAGCCAAACGAUCAAUUGGACAGUAACGAGAUGUCCUUAAGUAUGGAAGCAACUGAAACUAGUGUUGUUGCAUCAUCACCAUCAACGACCACACCCACAGAGGCAGUGAAUGCUGCCAAGGAUGUGACUUCCGAGGAUGUAGUUGCCGCAGAAAACGUACAAAAUCUGCCGCUACUUUCAUCACCUGAUCGAUUAGUUGAUGCUCAGUCUAAUGUUGGGACUACCAACAUAGUUGCCGCAGAAAUCGUACAAAAUCUGCCGCUACUUACAUCACCUGAUCGACCAGUUGAUGCUCAGCCUAAUGUUGGGACUACCAACAUAGUUGCCGCAGAAAACGUACAAAAUCUGCCGCUACUUACAUCACCUGAUCGAUUAGUUGAUGCUCAGCCUAAUGUUGGGACUUCCAUGUCCCAUCCAACGAACCAUGUAGCAGGGAACAAGCCCAGUUUGAGCAACGAGGCGGCGCAGAAGGCAUUGCAGGAAAAUCGCAUGUUACCUGGAGGCGGCCAAGAAUCUAAAAGCCAGAUAACCCAACCUAUGGCAGCGAAUCAGGCAAAUAGACCCGAGCCGGUGGGCCAGGCUUCUGGCUUCCAGGCUUCACAUCCACAAAUGCCACCGUCCAAGGGCAUGCAGAUCAAGCAUCGUGGCAAGCCGAUGCACAUAAUGUUGCCCCAAGGGGGCAAGUCAAUCCAGAAGGAGCCUCCGCCGCGUCGUCCUCCAGUGGCGGAAAAGAAAACCAGCAUGACAGCGUUUAUGAAUGGAUCGAUUACUCGCCUGGAAGAUAGACUCAAAUCACCACCGGCUGCCAGAUCAUCGUCAUCCUCGUCGUCAUCUUCUUCUUCGUCGAGUUCUAGCUCCGGUUCCGGAUCAAGCUCGAGCUCGAGCUCGGGAUCUAGCUCGAGUUCCAGCUCAGAGUCAGAAUCUGAUUCAUCCAAAAAGUCAUCAAAAUCGUCCGAAAAAUCAAAGUCAAAAUCAGCAUCCGAAUCGUUAUCUAAAUCUGAAUCUGCUAAUUUAUCCAAACCAGAAUCGGCAACUGGUCCAGAAUCACAAACGGCAUUUCAACCAGAAGCCAAAUCUCCACCCAAUCUAGCAUCCAAAGGGAUACUAACUCAUUUAGCAGUUUCUCGAUUGUCUGAAACCUCAUCAUCGGAAUCGGAUUCACCAACACGAAUGACCUCGAUGGGAAUACAUCAGUCGAGGACAAACAGCCCCUUAUCCAACAUACCCCAACGGGUCAAUCCACAGGUGGGUCAGGCCGAACGUUUGGACAAACCAACGGCACCACAGACAGCCGCUCAGCUACCAUCGCUGUCCAGCUUAUUUUCACCACCACCUCCUCGCCCAGAGAAACCCCUAUGCCGCGGAUCGGUGACCGGUUCAAGGGUGUCGGAUUCAUCGUCUUCAUUAGUAGGUCGCCAAAGAAUUGGGACAAGUUGUUCAAAUCCCAUCUUGGGUUCCAAAGCUGGUCCUAGUUCUGGAAUAUCUAGCUUAGCGGCCAUUAAGGCGUUUGGGCCGGGCUCUCAUAAUCGUUCUGUAGCUGCGUCUAGCUUAGGUUCAUCUUCAGGUCACCGUUCCAAAGGAGCUGAUGGUUACUUGGAUCCUAAGUACAUUUUCCCGGUGGGGAAAUACGGUGCCGGUAGUGGAAAACCCGAUCCCCAGAAGAUGCAACAAAUCAAGGACCAGCUCAACGUACCGAAAGAAGCAGAUGGUAAAGGAGAGGUGAAGGUUCCUCCAAUGCGAAAGCUGCCUCCCGUUCCGCCCAAACGCGUUAUAAAGCCCGUUGCUAAAGUACCAGAGGAAAACCUAUCGUUUUCCAGAAUUCAAACACAUCCGAAACGCAUUGUGAAUCCAGUUAAACAGACUCAAAUCAGUAUACCAGCAUCAAUGGAUAAACCUCCGAAUUUUGAAAUGCUUUCUUUAAACAAACCUUCGGAAAAACCCUCUGAUAGAUCGGCGAGAAUUGCGAAAAGUGUAUCUGAAAAGAACUUACCGGCAAAACCCAACGAAGCUUAUAUUGCCAAUCGUGAUAUUUCACCGGCUGUUCAAAAUAACAAAACGACAGUUGUACAGAAAACGUUGGAUUUGAAUGAAAAGCGCUCUAAUUCAACAAGUCGAGGGGAAGGCAAACCAAAUGAGCUUCCAAUUAAUCCUGUUGAGAUACCUCAGGUCAACCAGAACAGAAUGGUAGAACAACCUUCCUGGAAUCCUAACGUUCGUAAGGCUCAUACGCCAAAAAACCCACCGGUUGAUCCAAAUCAACCUAAAAGGAAACCUGGAAGACCUCGUAAGUAUCCAGUUGUGGAACCGCAGCUAUCGGCAACAGAUGAACGACUAUCCAGUGCCAGAAACAUUCCGGAGGAUGUGGAGGGAAGACGUCUAUCCACUACCAGGAACAUAGAGAAAGCCCAAGCAUCCUCAUGCAGCAAAAUAAUAGACACACGCCCAUCCACUUCCCGAAGCAUUGAAAAUGGAGAAUGUUCAUGUUGCAGAAACAUUGAGGAAGGAAAUCCAUAUACUUCCAGGGAAAUAAAGGAAACGCAUCGCUCUACUACCAGAAAAAUCGGUGAAAGACUUGACCAAAGAAUACCAUCAUCUCGUUCCACGAAUAUAAAUGAAAGACGACCAACGAGGUCCAAUAACCAGAUCGAGGAAGAAUCAGCUACAUCGAGAAUUUCGAAUAGAGGAAGGCUGGCGGAAGCCGAAAAUAUAAUAAACGAUAGUCCACCGUCUUCUAAAAUAUCCACAAUCGGGACGUCCAGAAAAUCUGUUAUUCCUAUUAGGGAAGAAUCAGAAAGAAACCGAAACCAUCAGGAAGAUGGCAGUUCUACUUAUGAAGAUAGUCCAGCAGAUACUCCAAUCUAUGAUGAAUCUGGAGAUGAUGUUAGUUCCACCUAUGACGAAACUCGAGAAGUUUUUCCAAUCUGCAAGGAAUCUCAGAAUGAUGUUAGUCCCACCUAUGAAGAAACUCGAGAAGAAGAUUCUCCAAUCUAUGAAGAAUAUCGAGAUGAAGUUGGUUCCACCCACGAGGACACUCGAGAAGAUGAAACUCAAAUAUAUGAAGAAUCUCUAGAUGGGCUUAGUCCAAUCUAUGAAGAUCCUCAGGUUGAUGUUGAGUGUGAAUUCGAGAGAGUAGAAAUGAAAAACAAAGUACCAAUCAAGAAAGGAGAAAAUUUGGUUUACAGCUCCAGUUUAAUUGAUAGUCUCUUUGAAUAUGACGAGCACGACAAAAUCCGUAUAUCGCAAGAGGAUCAUCAGUAUGACUCUUCAGAGCCUAGUCCAGUUUAUGUCGAGGAAGAUGAUCAGCCUUCAAAAUCAAAAGUUUCUACGGUUAAGCUUCAAGAAAAAGCCGAGAAAAACUAUCCAACUUAUGAAAAACACAGAAGUAACCAAAAAUUCGAGAGAUGUGCUAAAGAAAGUAGAUAUAAAACCGAGGACGAGCGAAGGCGUAAAAUCGUAAAUGAUGGUUCACCCGAAACGAAUAUUCUCCAUCAAUGGAAAAUCGUUCUUCUGGAGCUGAUCUUUUCCAACGGACCAAAAAAACUAACAAAGAAUCUCAUCGAAGACAAGUUUGUCCAAAAGAGUCGCAUCGAAAAGAAUCUCUUCAAAUAG